UGUGUCACACUCCCCUCUCCUUCCUCUCACAUGCAGCCCUGUAUACCAGAGGAGUUGUCGGUCAACAAGUGUAGAGAAUACCGGGUGACACUAAAGGUGGGGCUUUUCUUAGAGCCCAGCAGGCCCCCAGCAAGGCUGGUAACCUUCUUGUCAAAGGUGCUUGUAGACAGAGAGAGAUAAGUUGAUGCGAGGCCAGACAUGAGGACGAGCGACAUUCUUUCAUCACCCACCAUGUCCUCAGGACCAAGGCGGAUUCAGUAGACCAGGGUCUUGAUGUUCCUCUCCUUGAAGGCUCAAACACUUGGUUUGAUUUAGGCCUGCUUGUUCUUGUCAUUCAGAGUGAUCCCUUUUUUGUCACUCUGUUUUUGGAAUACACCGAUUUCUCAGGAGAAAAGGUUUGUGUAAAGCUUUCCUCCUGGAUUACUUGUGGAGAUUAGUGAUGGGGAAUGCGGCUGCCGGGAGCUUGGAGCAGGAACCGUCUGAGGGGCGAGAGGCCAGAAACUCAGUCGGAGGAGCUUCAGGAAUGAGUGACCCCACUCCGACCCUGCAGAAGAAGCAGCCGGCUCCCACUAAACUACCCAUGCCGCCAGAGGAGGAGCUGGAGGAGCGCUUCAACGUGGUGCUGAGCUACAUGAACUUGCCUCCAGACAAACUGCAGCUGUUGAGUCAGUAUGACAAUGAAAAGAAGUGGGAAUUAGUCUGUGAUCAGGAGCGUUUCCAGGUGAAGAGCCCACCGUCCACGUACCUGGCCAAGAUCAAGAGCUUCUACCAGGAUCAAGGAGGGGUGUCCCGCAGGCUGAAGAAAAGGAUUCAAGAUGCCACCAAGGUCCUCAAAGAUUUGGAGAUAUCGCUUCGCACCAAUCACAUCGGAUGGGCUCAAGAGUUUCUCAACGAGCAGAACAAAGGUUUGGAUAUCCUGGUGGAGUACCUGUCUCAUGCUCAAAGUGACGUCUCGUUUGAUAUGGAGAGUGUUGAAAAUGGUGGCAGCCUGUCAGAGAGAGGGAAACCAGCACAGAGGUCGAUGGAGGACUUGUCCAAAAGCUCCAGCGGCUCUCCGUCACAUGGGAUGACCAGAGCUGCUCGAGCUCUGACUGUCAGAAUAAGCUCCACUCUGGGGAACAAGAUGUAUAAGAAGUCCCAUUCAUCCAACCAGAGAGACGACGUGCAUGUGUGCAUUAUGUGCCUGCGAGCCAUCAUGAACUACCAGUCUGGCUUUAACCUGGUGAUGACUCACCCGCGCUGUGUGAACGAGAUCACCCUCAGUCUCAACAGCAGGAAUCCCAGGACCAAAGCCCUUGUGUUGGAGUUGCUGGCUGCCGUGUGUCUCGUCAGAGGCGGACAUGACAUCAUUCUGUCUGCUUUUGACAACUUGAAAGAGGUGAGCAAAGAGAAGAACCGCUUUGAGAAGUUGAUGGAGUACUUCAUCAACGAUGACUGCAACAUCGACUUCAUGGUGGCUUGCAUGCAGUUCAUCAACAUUGUGGUGCAUUCGGUGGAGAACAUGAACUUCCGUGUUCAUCUACAGUUUGAGUUCACGAACCACGGGUUGGACAAGUAUCUCAGGCGUCUGAAGCAAACAGAGAGCGAGAAGCUGCAGGUCCAGAUCCAGGCCUACCUGGACAACGUGUUGGAUGUCGGAGCCCUGCUGGAGGACGCUGAGAACAGAGGAGGGGUGCUGGAGCAUGUGGACGAACUGCAGGAGCACAACGUGCAGCUGAGUGCCCGGCUUCAGGAGGUCGAGACUCAGACUGCAGAGAGAAUGUCUGAACUUGAGACUCAGCUCAUGCAGGCGACCAAGGAGACCGAGCUGCUCAAAGAAAGCCUGCGAGAGUCCUGUUCCCAGGUCGGUGCCUUGCAGCAGAGAGAGCGGGAGCGGGAGCUGGACAGGGAGAGGGAGAAGGACAGGGAGCGUCUGAGCACCUUCCCCCCUCAGACGGCUUCAGAGCUGGAGCAGAAGGUCCAGGAGCUGCAGGACAAGGGGCUGAUCCGACUGGGACGCAGUCCCUCCGGAGGUCUGGACAUCCAGGUGGUGCCCGUCACGGUGGUCGAAUACGUCCAGGCCUCUGUCCCUGAUUCUGCUUCCCCAUCAGCCAGCCUUCCUGCCUCAGCCCCUCCACCACCUCCUCCACCUCCUCCUUCUGGUGGCCCAGGGUCGGUUGCCUCUCCUCCUCCUCCGCCUCCACCUCCACCACCGCCUCCUCUAGGAGGUUGCGGUGCUGUGCCCCCACCUCCUCCUCCGCCUCCUCCUGGAGGAGGUCCACCACCACCACCUCCCCCACCUGGUUCUGGACCCCCACCCCCACCUCCCCCGCCUGGUGCUGGACCGCCUCCUCCACCUGGUGCUGGACCGCCUCCACCGCCUGGAGCACCAGGCCCUCAAUCUGCGGUUAAGACCAAGAAGCCCAUUCAGACCAAGUUCAGGAUGCCAUUGUUAAACUGGCAGGCCUUAAAACCAAACCAGGUGACAGGCACCGUUUUCAACGACCUGGAUGACGAGAAGGUCUUAGAUGAGUUGAACAUGGAUAUGUUUGAGGAACACUUUAAGACCAGGGCCCAGGGAAAUACAACAGACCUGUCCAACAUCAAGAAGAAGGUGGUCCAGAAGGCCCCCAGCAAGACGACCCUGAUCGAAGCCAACAAGGCGAAGAAUCUGGCCAUCACUUUACGCAGAGGGGGAAUGAACCCGUCCGCUAUCUGCACCGCCAUAGAGACGUACGACCAGAAGACUUUGUCCAUAGACCUGCUGGAGAUACUCGUGCCCUUCAUACCAUCAGACUAUGAGAUGAAGCUGCUGCUCAACUAUGAGAAGGAUGGCCGCCCACUGGAGGAGCUGACUGACGAGGAUCAGUUCGUUUUACGCUUUGGGAAGAUUCCCCGUCUGAAGCAGCGAAUAAACACUUUCACUUUCAUGGGCAACUUCCCGGAUAUGGUCAAACGCAUUCAGCCGCAACUGAACUCCAUCAUCGCGGCGUCCAUGUCCAUCAAGUCUUCAACCAAACUGAAAAAGAUCUUAGAAAUCAUUCUCGCCUUUGGCAACUACAUGAACAGCAGUAAGAGGGGUGCAGCGUACGGGUUUCGGCUGCAGAGUCUGGAUCUUCUGUUGGAGACGAAGUCUACGGACCGCUCGCAGACGCUUCUUCACUUCAUCACCAGUAUCAUCCAGGAAAAAUACGCCGACUUGGCCGACUUCCACACCGAGAUCCACUUUGUGGACAAGGCAGCACUCGUAUCACUGGACGGCAUCCUUCAGGAUAUCCGCUCGUUAGAACGGGGAAUGGAAAUGACCAAAAAGGAGUUCCUGGUGCAGGACGACAGCCCCGUGUUGAAGGACUUCAUCAAAACCAACAGUGAGCAGCUGGAAACUUUGAUCAAAGACAGCAAGACGGCACAGGAGGCAUACGGCUCAGUGGUGGAGUAUUUCGGUGAGAACCCCAAAACCACGCAGCCUUCCAUGUUUUUCCCGACGUUUGGACGCUUGAUAAAGGCCUAUAAGGCGGCACAGCAACAGAUUGAGCAGAAAAAGAAAAUGGAGAAAAUGGAGAGUGAGAGCAGUGAGGAAAAGGUGUCCUCAUCUCCGAACAAGGCCGGGGUACAAAAGGGGCCCAUGAUGCCGAAGAUGGACCUGAUAGCAGAGCUGAAGAAGAGGCAGGUGAAACCUCAGGUACGCGAGGGGAAGGACGGCGCUCUGGAGGACAUCAUCACAGGUACGGUACCUCGACGCUUCCUGGAGGAGUCACGUGGUGGUGUUUCAGAUAAGGGUGCAGUAAGUUUGAUGUUGACGUACUGUUGAAAAGCUGCCGUCUUUGCUCUGCCUUUAGAUUUGAGGAACACACCGUACAGGCGAACAGAUGGUCGACGGCCAGCCCAGCGCCAGGACACUUGAGGCACUUCAGUUCCACGACUUUUUAAAAGCGUAACUGGAACCACAGAAUAACCCGCUUUAAAUGUGCUGUAUAUACAGUAUAUCCAAUAUAUACAAUUAACCAUGUGGCAGUGUGUAUUUGUUGUGUAAAUAGAAUUUGAAGUUGGAACUAUUUGUUAUUUUUUAAUGCUACAGCCAAUUUGAUUACAAACUUUGCCAAAAACAACGUAUUCUUGUGGCGCCUAACGACUUCGGAUGCUUUGAAUUCGUGCUGUUGUAUCCUAGUAAUUAAACCAAAAUCAUGACUUUAUUUCCAAA